GUUUUUAGUGCAUUUUUGGUGAAUUGGUGGCUUGGUUUGGCUUGUUUGUUGAGGUUCCAUAAAAUCAAAAAUGAACGAAAACAAAACGUAUUUGAAGUAUAGAGAUGUUUGUAGGUGUUGCUUGGAUAACCCUGGAUCUAAGAAUAUGUGGGCUGAAUAUUUAAGCGACAAUGAUAGAGAAGUAUAUGGGGAAAUGUUAUGUGAUUGCUUUGGUGUUUCGUGGGAUGCAGACAAUGAAGAACUAAUAUGUGAUUCCUGUAUUUAUCGAUUGAGAGAAGCUGUGAAGCUAAAGAUUGAGUUUUUAGCUGCACAAGAGGUUUUGAGAGAAAAUAUAAUGUUAAAUGUAAAAAAAGGCCAACUGUUGAUUAAAUCUGAAGCCCAGAAUGAUGAAGAAUAUGAAGUUUUAGAAACAUCUGAUAUGUUUGCCAUGGAACAAGGUGAUACUGUCAAUGAUAUGGGAGAUAAUAUUUCUGUGGAUUCAAAUAAUCCAGCAAUGUUUAGGAUAUUUCAAAGUAUAACCAAUAAAACAAAGCGAAAGAAAGAAUACAAAUUGUAUACAAAGGAGGCAAUGGAUAAAGCAAUAGAGGCUGUCAAGGUGCACGGUAAAUCCAUGUCGGAAGCGGCUACAAAGUUUUGUGUGCCCCGGAAAACUUUGGCAUUACGCCUUGCACAACCUCUCGAUGAAUAUGAAGCAAGACACGUGGGCAGUGAAAAAAAGUUAAAACUAGUGAAUGAAAUUCAAAUCCUCCUACAAAAUACCAAUGCUGUUCCAUUCAAGACCAAAAUCACCAGACGCUUUUGCGCCUACUGCUUCACCGAUGGACCAGCGUUUGAUGACAAUAUUGAAUUGAGAUCACACAUGAAAUUUUAUCACAAAACCAAUUAUAUAAAAGGUGUUGAAUUUAUGAUGCGACCUUGGCACAUCAAUGAAGUCUUAAAAUUGGACAUUACAGACCUGCAGUGCACGUCCUGCAACAUAAGCAUCGAGGAUUGGAAUUCCAUGUUUGUACAUUUUGCGCAGACUCACGAACUGGAGUUCGAUGAAGCUUAUAAUAAAAUUAUACCAUUUUCCCUUACGAUCGACAACAAAUGUACAUUGUGCUACGAUACCUUCACGACCUUUGGUAAUCUGGACGUACAUAUGAAUGCACACUACUGCAACUACAUAUGCUAUGAGUGCGGGGACCCCUUUCUGUCGUCUACUCGCCUCGAUGCCCACCUCAGAAUACACAAGACUGGAAAGUUUGUGUGCAAAAUAUGCGAUAAAGUAUUUGCAAUGCAACAACAUGUUAUCCGACAUAUUGAGCUCGACCAUAGUGAUAGUGCUGUAGACGUUAAAUGGUAUUCCAACAGUAAGACCACUGACAAAAGCGAGAAUUGUACCGAGAUGCCCUGUGAAUAUUGUGGCACGUGUUUUGAAUCCAGUGCCUCUUUGGAUAACCAUAUAAAGAAAAUGCAUAUGAAAAAAAAACGGAAGAGAGCUAAGAAGAAUUAUGUCUGUGGUGUGUGCGGGACAGAAUUUGAAAAGUUUGUAAGCUUGAAGUACCAUUGGCGUGAACAUAUGGAAUUGAUUCCUUUCCAAAAAAUUUAACAUGUUAGUUUUAUUGAAGCCUAAUUAGAUACUUUAUUUACAGGUAUAAAUAAAGUUUUUUUUAAUUA